AUGAAGCAUCCUCCCGGAUCACUCAAGGGCAAGCGCGAUGUGAUGGAAACGCCGCGGCAACGCCCCUAUCAGGACCAUGACCAGGACCAGGACCGGAAGCAUGCCCACGACCCUACCAGUCUGAGCGAACAGUUACCUGGCGGUCGAGAUGGGUGGAGGGACAGUGUCCUCGGCCAGCCGAAAGGUUGGUCAAAGGCACUGCAGUCCUACGCUCGUACUUUGUCAUCCUUUGCCUAUCCGGCGGGCAUCUUUUGGGGCGAGGAACUCAUACUCUUGCACAACGAUGCCUGGAUAGGGGCCGGCGGAAAGGCGGAGCAGGGGCAACGCCAACGCGGCAAUCUUGGCGCAGAUACUUUCCGUGCACUGUCUUCGGCUCUUCAUGGUGGCCAACAGAAGAAGAUUGCGAGUCGCGAUCUGCUUAGAAACGACUCAGAAGACCAGGACGAGCGAUUCACGGUCCUUGUUAGCCCCCUGUUCGCCGACGAUGGUCCCAAGGUGGAAGCAGCAGGCUUGCUCGCACAGAUGUUUCCCAAACACGACUUUGACGGCGAGGAGGAAAUCAAGGACAGGGAUACGCCAAAUAUGGGCACGGCAAAACCCGACGAUAUCGUGAAGCACGAUAAGAUCGACAGUGUACCCCUAGACGAGCAUCCGUUCUUUCAUCGGUUUGCGGAGAUGCUCCCUUCUGGGCUUGCAAUUUUGGACCACAAGGCGCACUCUGUCUUUGUUAACCAGCACUUUUAUACGCUUACAACCCACAAAGGUGAUCAGCAGUCUUUCACGUCGUGGCCACAAAGCAUACAUCCAGACGAUUAUUCGCGGGUCAUGGCGGAGUACCGGGAAGCGUUCGACUCAGGAAAGCAGUUACGGACGGAAUUUCGCUCGCUAGGCGACGAUUACCCCUGGCGAUUGUUGCUGCUGACGCCACUUGGGGAGGAGAACCUACAACACGUCAGCCUACGUGAAUACGGAGGCUUCAUCUGCAGCCUAGUCGACAUCACCUCUGAGAAGAGGGCGGCGUUAUCCGAGCGCAGGGCUGCACAAGAAGCCGAAGAACGCCGCGGACAGCAAGAACGCUUCAUCGACAUGAUCUCUCACGAAAUUCGAAACCCGCUUUCGGCCGUCAUGCACUGCUCAGACGACAUUGACGCCGCCAUCAGUGACAAAGAGCACAUCGACAUUCCUACUAUACGGGAGGCUAUAGAUAUCAUCAACUUGUGCCUGCAGCAUCAGCGUAACAUCGUCGAUGACGUGCUUUCGUACUCUAAGUUGGACGCUUCUAUGCUGUCUCUGGCACCGCGAGCAUGCCACCCAAGCGAGACGCUGGCUAAUGCGCUGAGAAUGUUCCAACCGGAGUUCCGGAAGCAAAGACUACAGUUUGAAUUCAAGAUUGAUACAUCGUACGCAGAAUACAGCAUUGACUGGGUCAUGGCCGACAUGGCCCGCGUUGGGCAAGUCCUUGUCAAUUUGAUAUCCAAUGCGAUCAAGUUCACCGCGAGAAGGAGUGGCAAGAAGCAGAUCACGGUCGUGGUAGGGGCAAGCUGUGAGCGGCCCACGAGCUAUCCCCCAAACCUAGUCUUCUUAAGCUCAGACGAGACGUACAAGAUGGACAACACGAAUGGCAGCGAGUGGGGUAACGGCCCAACAAUGUAUAUCAUGGUCGCGGUCAAAGAUACGGGCAUCGGCAUCAGCAAAGAAGGGCAGGAGCGGCUUUUUGAGCGGUUCCGCCAAGCGACGCCGAAGACCAGCGACACGUAUGGUGGAUCAGGGCUGGGCCUCAAUAUCAGUCGAAAGCUUUGUCAUCUUCACGGAGGCGAGAUCGGGGUCAGCUCGAAAGAAGGCGCGGGCAGCACAUUCGGCUUCUUUUUCAAAGCCAAGCGGGCCGAUGACCCCGGUUCUUACCAGGGUCGCUCCGAGCAGCACGCGAUGGACGAUGACAGACUCGAAGGCCUCAUACAGGACCAGGGGUAUCCUGCGGGCAAAGCUGUUCCUUCAAAAGAUGUUCCUGAGAGCAUCAAAAAUCCUUCAGUAAAGGAUACUAUCGCAGCUCCGCCUGAUCGAAGUCCGCAAAAGGAUGAUCGGUACGCGCAAAUAAAACGUGUGGCUGAACAGGUGGAGGAGUCGGAAGCAGACGCUCACACGCAUGCUGAGACGUCGUCAGAGGUUAAACCAAGCCGGAGUGACGACUCGGCGCCACGUGGCUACACCGAGGUAUCGGAGACGCCGGUACGUCCUGGCAUAAUGCAGAGCGAUGCUCAAGGGCGACCAAAGGGAGCCGAUCACGACAAGAAACCCGCGAAGCUUCACGUGCUACUCGUGGAAGACAACAUUAUCAAUCAGCGGAUCAUACAUCGGAAGCUACAAGCUAGGGGUUUCGAGGUGACCACUGCCAACAACGGCCGAGAGGCGGUGGAGGCAGUCCGCAAAACAUCCAAGCACUUCAGUGGAGAGAAGGGUGCAUUCGGCAUCAUACUGAUGGACCAAGAAAUGCCGAUACUCGACGGCAACGCCGCGACUCGCGAGAUCCGCGAGAUGGCAGAGAAGGGUGAGGUAGAGAGGAUACCGAUCUUAGGUGUUACGGCGAACGUGAGGCCCGCACAGCAGGGCGAAAUGGUAAACUCUGGCAUGGAUGAUGUGAUAAGCAAACCAUACAAAGUCGACGACCUGAUCAAGAAGAUCGACGAGGUGACGAAGAAGGGUGAGAAGUCAGGCAUACGGUGA